AUGCCUCGUGUUGCCCCCCCGAGGACCACAUACUGCCAGCACUGCAAGCGGCGGAGGGUUAAGUGCGACCAGCAGUGGCCGACUUGUUCGGCAUGCCGCCGAGCCCAGCUCGUCUGCCCCGGCCCUACAUCGAUGAUCAAGUUUGUACAUAACGAAACUCAAACCGUGAAUGAUGAGACCGGCGGCAAUAUCAUGCAAUCGUCAGCCUCUUCAAUCCCUCGAGGUGGUGGGAAUGGCGAUGGUCGCGUCAUUGUGGCCCGGCCUAGUUCACUUGUGAAAACGUACCAGAAUGGUUCCGUGGCUCGCUCAUUCCGCCUUGUCAACUCGAGGCCCUCCAUGACGCCUUCGGACCGGGUUGCGUCUCUCCUCGUAGCCAUGAUGAAUCUGGAUUCGGAGAGUGUGAACAUCGCUGCUGUCUUGCUUGGCCGGCUCAGAGAGAGACCUCCGCGUCUGUCGGAGAGUGCCUGUCUACGUGACGCCGUCGCCCACAAAUGCGCCAAUAUAAAGGAUAUGUACCUCGGUCUGCAGACACCAAGUCUUAGCACGUUGAAGCUGUAUGGAAAGGCACUGCGCAGUCUACAACAGGCGCUGAAUGGUCCCGAGGCCUUGAGUGUGGAGACAUUCGCAGCCGGUGCCUUGAUUCAUGACCAACAGCGAAAGGACCAUAUUGAAGGGAUGCUGUUAUUGAUGAAAGCAAGAAGUCCGCCCAAGCUAGACGAUCAGGUUGAAGUUGACAUCGCAGCCCAUUGUUAUGUUGGAGUGAGGACCUAUAAGUUUCUCUAUGGCAAGAUCGAGUUUCUGGAGUCGCAGCCAUGGAAGGCAGCCAUGGAUGAAGUAAUCCAAAGGACCAGUGGGUUUGAUUUCGAUGAUCCAAUGGGAAUUCUUAUGACUCGUUACCAAGAGAUUUGGCCCGGUUGGGUUCAAGACGCCAGGUUGAUUUCAAGAGAUCCUGAUACUUUCAAGCGGAAAGCAAAAGGUCUAACGGCAGAAUUUCUUGUAUCUUUAUCCGAAUUACAGGAACUCGAAGCCCAUGACUGGGAAUCGAUUGCUGCGGAGGGAAAGAUCAGGGAAAUAUCUGACCCCGAUUUCUUUGUUGGCAGAAGUUACGAGGUUGAUGAUCUCGAACCAGCGCUGAUCCUCCUCGACUCUCUUCCUGUACAGCUAAUAAUUAUUCGAAUGGCCUAUGACUUUGCGAUCCUAAACGCGAAGAGAUAUACUACUUCUCGUCUCUUUAAGCUGACAUUUGAAGCAGCGGAGAAACGGGAUCAAGAGCAUUUGAUGGACAUUGUUGAGUACCUAGACUGUGUCCCCUUGGAGCCGGGCCAGGACAGAACCGAGGUUUUGACCGACUUGAUAACUAGAGAGGCUAAGAUAUUCUCCGGUCGUCUUGUCCUAGAGAGUUAA